AAAUGAACAAGAGGUUAAGCGUCAAAAAGUUAUCCUAUUUCCUUUCAUUCCACACUCUAUUAUACUAAACAAUGGCUUCUCUGCAACUGCGUUACCUUCUCUCUCCUCCCUCACUCAAUUUCCCCUCUCAACACUCCUCCAAGCCCAGAUUUUCUCGCUCUUUCCCGCCCCAUUUUCCCGGAAACUUGCGCGCUUUCUCGCUCGCAUGGAGGAAGCAGAGGAGAAAGCGCGUUUUCUCAACGUGCUGUUCCUCCAAAACUGGUUCUCAGGUUGAGAGGAUUUCUGUUCAGGAAGAUGAUGAACGGGCAGAACGGCCUCCAUUUGAUAUCAACCUUGCGGUUAUUCUUGCAGGAUUCGCCUUCGAGGCCUACACAACUCCCCCUGAAAAUGUGGGCAGGCCUGAGGUUGAUGCUGCUGGUUGCAAGACACUCUAUCUUUCUGAGGAAUUCGUUCAUGAAAUUUAUGAUGGUCAACUCUUCAUAAAGUUGAAAAAAGGGUCCAGUUUCCCGGCCAUGGAUCCAUGGGGAACAAGUGACCCGUAUGUGGUCUUUCAGAUGGAUUCUCAGACUGUUAAAAGCAAUAUCAAAUGGGGGACAAAAGAGCCAACAUGGAAUGAGGAGUUUACUUUUAAUAUUAAGCUGCCUCCAAACAAACCUCUGCAGGUUGCAGCUUGGGAUGCUAACCUUGUAGCUCCUCACAAACGCAUGGGGAAUGCAGGUGUUGAUCUGGAAUGGCUUUGUGAUGGAGAUGUGCAUGAAAUACUGGUGGAGCUGGAAGGAAUGGGCGGUGGUGGAAAGGUUCAGUUGGAGGUUAAAUAUAAAACCUUUGAUGAAAUUGAUGAUGAGAAGAAGUGGUGGAAGAUGCCUUUUGUUUCAGACUUCUUAAAGAUAAAUGGUUUUGAUUCCGCACUCAAAAAGGUUACUGGUUCAAAUACAGUACAAACCCGCCAAUUUGUGGAAUAUGCAUUUGGGCAGUUAAAGUCAUUUAACAAGGCAUAUCUUCAGAAGGGCCAGAUGUCUGAUACUGAUAAUGAUGAGUAUGAUACUGAAGGUUCUGGGGAACUGAAUGAAUCUCCUUUUGUUUUAGAGAUGCCUCCUCGUGAGGCUGGUAGUUCAGAAGCCUCUAAUGAAGCUUGUAGUGAACAGAGAAACACGGAGGAGUUUCACUCGCAUGAAAGUGAUACUGAAAAUGGGCACACUUCUGAACCAUCUACACAAACUAGUGGGGAAGAGCUGUCGAAUCAACUUUUUUGGAGGGAUUUUACUAAUGUUAUCAAUGUUAACGUUGUUCAAAAGCUAGGUCUCACUGUUCCUGGGAAAUUCAAGUGGGAUGGGUUGGAGUUUCUAGACAAAAUUGGUUCACAAUCCCAAAAUAUUGCAGAAGCUACAUAUAUUCAAUCUGGUCUUGCAAUGCCUAGAGGCAUAGAUGAUACAGAGGAUAAAACAAGUGGCAAACCUGCCAUUGCUGCAAUUCAGUCUCCUCUUCCAGAAGUAAAAAAAGCAACAGAAAGUUUGAUGAGGCAAACUGAUUCAAUUUUAGGAGGUUUAAUGCUUUUAGCCGCAACGGUUUCCAAAAUGAAAGAUGAAGGAAGUUCUUCAGAAGAGAGGAAAAUUGAAGAAGAUUCUGCCAAAGUAGGAGGAAAUGGCAUUCAAUGUCUACCGAAGAUUCCUAGCUCAGAAAAUGGAUCAGUGUUGGAUGAUAAAAAAGCUGAAGAGAUGAGAGAACUUUUUUCAACUGCCGAAACUGCCAUGGAGGCUUGGGCAAUGCUGGCCACUUCACUGGGCCAUGCUAGUUUCAUUAAAUCUGAAUUUGAAAAAAUAUGUUUUUUAGACAAUGCGCCCACAGACACACAGGUUGCAAUUUGGCGCGAUUCUAUGCGAAGAAGGUUAGUGGUUGCUUUUAGGGGAACAGAACAGUCACAAUGGAAGGACUUAAUAACUGAUCUAAUGAUUGUUCCAGCCGGGCUGAACCCUGAAAGGAUUGGUGGAGAUUUCAAGCAAGAGGUUCAGGUUCAUAGUGGUUUUCUAAGUGCAUACGAUUCAGUAAGGACCAGGAUCAUUUCUCUAAUUCGACUUGCAAUUGGUUAUGUAGAUGAUCAUUUUGAGCCCCUCCACAAAUGGCAUAUUUAUGUGACCGGUCAUAGUUUGGGUGGUGCAUUGGCAACCUUGCUUGCGCUUGAACUAUCAUCUAACCAAUUAACUAAGCGGGGAGCAAUUUCUAUUACUAUGUAUAACUUCGGUUCUCCUAGGGUUGGUAACAAAAGAUUUGCAGAAGUGUACAAUGAGAAAAUUAAAGACAGCUGGCGAGUGGUGAAUCACAGAGAUAUUAUUCCUACAGUGCCUCGAUUAAUGGGUUAUUGUCAUGUUAAUCAACCUGUAUUUCUUGCUGCGGGGGUUUUAAGAAAUUCCCUAGAAAACAAAGAUAUUUUGGGUGAUGGUUACGAAGGUGAUGUCCUUGGGGAAUCCACGCCAGAUGUUAUAGUCAGUGAGUUUAUGAAGGGUGAGAAGGAGCUUAUUGAGAAAUUGUUACAGACUGAAAUAAAUAUAUUCCGCUCAAUCAGAGAUGGGACUGCCUUCAUGCAGCACAUGGAGGAUUUCUAUUACGUCACAUUACUAGAGAAUCUAAGAUCAAAUUACCAAGUUGCCUUGAGAGAAGAACAAGGUGGAAACAAUAGCUUAGAAUGAGCUAACAAGGGUUCAUUGAUGCGCGCAAGUGGCUGAGUUCCAUGUAGAUAAACUAUAGAAAGAUGUCAAGAAUAGGUUAUACAUUUCAGAUUGCUUACAGGCAAAUCUUUAUUGCGAGAAGAAUGGCAGCAAUGCAGUAUUUUCUGUAUAGAUAACUUGGCAAACAGAAAUGAAGGGCAUGGUGGGCUGCUUGAGACGGCAAGUGGCAAAUAUUUUACAAAAGUUGACAGUUUUAAUUUUGUUUUCAUUUGUGCUGGGAUAAUAGAAAUUGAUGUUGUUAUAGUAUGCAUAUCAUGUUCAGAAGAUAGACACGGCUUAGAAAUGCAACGUGUCUAAUUCUUUUCUGAUCUCAAGCGUUUACAGUCACAAACUCACAAUUGAGAGUGCUACUUUUGUAAAAUUUAUUUCCGUGCUUCUCUUGAUUGGAUAUUUGGGUGGUGCCUAACGUGUGAAAAUUGACAGAAAUUCGAUUAAGGUGGUAUGGUCAUGUACAAAGUAGGCUUAUGGAGGCUCUGGUGAGAAGAAUUGAUAACUUAAUAUUUUGUCCUUGAUAGAAGGAGACAAAAAAAGAAUUUAGUAAGAUAUUGUUAAAAAUGAUCUCAUUAUUAAUUAUAUUUCUCAAAUUUGAUU